AUGAACAGAUCUAAUUCUCUAUCGCUUGAUACUUCUAAAAGUAAAUCACUAUCGUUUGAUAGUUCAAAUAAGAAUCGAUUGAAGAAUAAAUUGAAAAAUUCAAUUUUUAAUAAGCAGAAGUCUAAGAGUGCUGCCAAUUCCCCAAUAUUUAAUCAGAAUUCAACUUUUGAAUCGUUACCUUUUGAAGCAUUACCAGAAAGUCAAUAUCGUUCAAGAUCGUACUCUCUACCCAAUUUCAAAGAGGCAUAUCCCAAUGUAAUGUCUAAUUCUCAUCUUGAUAAAGAAUUUGAAUUGUUUGUCAAAGACUACAAUUUCCCCAAUGAAUCGAAAAAUCAUGAUAAAUAUAACAGUGUAAUUCUACAAGAUAAUUGUGAUUGCGCCGAUUGUAAAUAUGGCUCCAACACUUUUAAAAAUUCGACUCCUCCUCCAGUUUCUAAUAAAAAAUCCGCUAAAUUACCAAGUAUAUCAUCUAUUUGCUCUUCAAUUAAGGAAGAGCCUCAUUUUGAAGAAACCAAUCAUCUACAUACAAGCUCUUCAGUCACUUCACUUAACUCUUCCAUUAAUCUGAAGGAAAAUGAGGAUGUAAUUGAUAAAAUGGCCACUAAUAUUUUGAAUGUUGUGAAAGUUUCACGUUCCAAACAUGAGAUUGAAUGGCUCAUAUAA